GUGCAGCUAAAACGAACAGGCCAUAUGUAUGUGACAUGAGACCUGUCCACGCCUAUAUACAGAGAUUAUAAUUAUUUGAUUUGUCUUUAUAAAAACACGUGAUUGAAUUAUUUUCCGUUUAGAUUGGAAACGUGUAUACUACCAAUAUACGAGACAAAGAAGAAAACUAGAAAAAAUAAUAUUCGAAAUGGACAUAAUAAUUGAUACGAGAGGUAAUUCCGGACUAACAAACAAAGACCGAUUAAUAGACAGUGAUGAUGAUGACGAUGUGGAAAUUAAAACCACCGAUCUAACAAGGAUAUAUGAUAUGGAUUUUCUGGGCACUAAGAGAAAAGAACUAAAAAGAAACAAAAUUAUUUCUAGUAAAGACUUUGAUCUUGAAAAAUUUGAAACUGAUAUGGGUUGGAAAUUUACAAAAGAAACUUUUAAACUAACGGAAGAAUUAACAGAUGUAACAAAAGAGGUCAAUCCAUUGGACAGGAUUUUAGAAAAGAGUGUUAUCAAAUCUGAUUUUGAACAGUUGCAUGUAGUACCUCCUUAUGAGUUUAGUAAACAUCAAUUGGAAUUACAGAAACAACGUGAGAAACGAAAGAUGGGAACUGGCUCGGGAUGGUUUAAUAUGCGUGCACCUCAAAUAACACCAGAGAUUAGACAUGAUCUUGAAGUACUGAGAAUGAGAUCAGUGUUAAACCCAAAACACUUCUACAAGAAGAAUGACAUGAAAUCAUUACCAAAACACUUUCAAAUUGGCAAAGUCAUUGAUUCUCCAAUGGAUUUCUAUUCUUCACGUCUUGUAAAGAAGGAACGCAAGAGGACAAUCGUUGAUGAACUCAUAGCAAAUGCAGAAUUCACAAAAUACAACAAGCGUAAAUAUAAGGAGAUUAUUGAAGAAAAACAAAAAACGCAUUAUAAAGCGCACAAACAUGCGAGAAGACUUAAAGGGAAAAAGAAGAAAUAAUAUAUUUACAGAAUUAUUUAAAAUAUUUCUUUUUUGUUCUUCAGUAUAAAAAAUG